UCGAUUUCCCCCCCUCGAGGGUUUCCUCCGCCGCCAGGUUGCAGCCCCUGCGUCGCCCGUACCUCUCCUACUCCCUCCGACGACCGGCGCCAUCCCCGCCACCCCGCAGGAGCCGGCGAGCGCGGCCCCACGCUCCCAUCUCGCCGGCACAAGCAUUCAUCCGUCCCGCCUCCUCCCCCUCCCGACGGCCCCGACGCGCCCAUCCCGCCGGCCACCCCCUUCCUCCGCCGUCCCCAACGAGCCGAUCCCGCCGGUCGCAGCUCUUCUUGCACCGCUUCCUGAUGGCGUCAUGCGAAACCUUGAGGGCAAGACCUCAGAGAUAUUUCCCACAGAUUUGUCUGACAUAUGACCAUAUGGAGCAUAUGGUGAAGUUUCAUGGCCGGACUGCUGGUCUCAAGAGGUCUGAAGAAGUGGAGGACUAUUUUGAUAUUCAGUUUCUAACUGCUGAAGACGCCAACCGUGCCUUUAACCAUCUCAAGGGCAAGGUACCAAACAUGGAGUUCAGUUGGGCGCCGAGGAACAUUAUCAAAGACAAGCCACCAACUGGAGUGGUGGAUACUUCAUUCGUCCCACCAAAAUGUGAUCUCGAUUGCUUUAGUGAGCUGCCUUCCCUGCCCAUUCCUGCCAAUCAGCCAUUCCCCACAUUCUGGAAGUUGCCGCCUCCACAGCAUAAACGGAAGAGAGGUCGACAGUCUCCAGAGCCUCCACGUUCCGCAGAGCGGUAUCCCCCAAGUAGUGUUCAGAUGGAUGAAGUCGACCCACGCCCUCCAUUCACAGCGCGCUACUGGGCGCAACUUCGUCCGAUAUACAGUGUGCCUGUCUGUUUUCCAGAAACUAGGAUGUCUGCGGGCGUGGGCUUUGGUUGAGCCUUGCGUCGUUUGGUUUCAGCGGGAAGUAUGCUAGGGUUUCAACUCCUCCCGACGGCACCUGGCGAUGACGUGGAGACUCCAAUCCCCUGCUUUCUCCGAUCGCCGCUGGUUGCUAGGGUCGCCAGACGCUUGGCCGGUGCGAUCUAGGGGAAGAGCUAGGGUUAUCCCGUCCGCGGAAACCUGAAGAAAAUAUGCCCUGGAGGCAAUAAUAAAGUUGUUAUUUUAUAUUUCCUUAUUCAUGAUAAAUGUUUAUUAUUCAUGCUAGAAUUGUAUUAAUCGAAAACUUAAAU